AUGACAUCUCAAGAGAAGAGGGAAUCCCCCAACGAAGAAUUGACCGAAAAACAUCGCGACAAAGUGGAUACAACAAUGGGAAACCACAGUCUGGCCCGAAUAGCAGUCAUUGUGCUGUCAGUGCUGGUCUUCAUCAUUGCAAUUGCAUUCAAUGCGCUGGCUGGGAGAGGAAGCAAAAAUGGUCCCUUCCAUCAGAAUACAGGCAACGUGUCCAAAAAGUAUGAGACAGAAAUAACCCCUGCAGGGUGGACCUUCUCCAUCUGGGGGGUCAUCUACUUCUGGCUGUUCUCUCUGCUCACCUACAUUGUCACUAGUCUCUGCAGAAGGAAUGUAUAUGGGUGGAUGUAUUGUCAACCUGCAGUCUUGCCUUACGGAUUUUACCUGACCUGGAUUGUCAACAUGAUUCUUAACAUCACAUGGCUGUUUCUGUGGGACAGAGAGCAGAUGAUAGCAGCAUUGAUCGUGCUGGCAGUGAUAGCUUCUACCAACUAUUUAUUGAUAUUCUUCUGCUGUCAUGGACUCCAUUCUUAUGGCGUCUGGCUCAGCAAAUACUACAGAGUGGACCUCUGGCUCUUCCGAGUGCUGGUUCAGAAUGGCAUUGGUGUGUACGCAACAUGGACGACUAUAGCCACCCUUCUCAACUUCACCAUUGUGCUGGAUUACAAUGCAGGCGUGUCCAAGGAGGGUGCGGCAACGGUGUCUCUCAGUCUCCUCUUGAUAGAAGUCAUUGGCUGGUUUGUUAUGGAAAACUUUGUGUUGGAGAAACAUGUGCGCUACCUCCUCACCAUAUAUCCUGUGGUGAUUCUGGCUCUGUCAGGAAACAUGGCAAAAAAUUACGACGCUGCAGCACCCAGCAAGAAUGCCAUUUUCACAGCGGUUCUCCUGGGGCUAAGCUGUGCGCUAUUUGUCGUACGAGCAUUGCUGGUGGUCUGGAAACAUAAAAAACAGCCUCUCUAUCAGAACACUGAUACCUUGUCACCAAUGGACAUUGCUGAGAAGCAAAAAAAAAUCUUCACUUAAGAGGUGUGCCUCUUUCAGGUCUAAUGCUAUUUUGCUGCUGGGCUUAAAUUUAUGUUGAAAAAUAAAAAUAUCUACCUUAUCCGAAAAGAUACACAACUAAUCUUCUCUGCCACUUUUGAAUGUCUGACAAUAAUAUAAAAGCAAGCCUAUUAGAAAACUGACUCCAAAGGCAAGUAUAUACCUUAAGGAAGUGAAAGUGAUUUCUGCUUUAACUAAGAUUUGUAAUUAAAACAUUUUUUGCAGCAAGUUAUGGUUUUCCAAAUUUCAAGAGCACUGAUGAUUUUUACUUUCAAUAGGAAAGCACACAUUUUAAAGGCAGACCAUUCCAUUCUAGAAUUUUUUCUAAAAGGUUUAUUAUAAAUGUUGUGGGAGCAUUGUUGCUUGACCUGAAAAAGGUAUUUGACACUGUAAACCAUGACAUUCUUGUGUCUAGGUUAUGUAAAUAUAAUUGUUCAAUACAAGCUUCAGGAUGGGUGGCCUCUCUGGAUUUUUGCAAUCCAGAGAGCAGUGUGUUCAGAUUGGUUCUGAAAAGUCAUCCCUUAAGCCUACUCAUAUAGGCAUUCCUCAAGGAUCAAUCCUAGGCCCAUUGCUCUUUAGUCUUUAUAUUAAUGAUUUAUCUGAUGGUUGCUAUGGGGCUGGUUGUCAAUUUUAUGCUGACGACAUAGUGAUAUAUACAGAAACUGUAUAAAUGGUUGAAUGGCAUAGCACCAGAUACACUAAGUAAAUUCAAUUGUAGAUUAACAGGGCUGUAACCAGUGGUAACUGUAAAAUUAGACAUUGCAGGACCACUGCUCAGCUCUAGAAUUCCUUGCCAAUAGAAAUAAAAGCAAUCUAAUAUAAAAUAUUUUAGUGUGAAGGUCAAAUGUUGGCUGAAACAAAAACAGAGCUGGUCACAUUUUUAGUCAUCAUAUCAAGUUAGCUUGUUAUUAAAUACUUUUUUUCUAGCAUUUAUUUUGUACUGUAUAACAUGCAUGUAUCCUCUUUUGUAACAUUGUGAUAUGUGUGUAUGUAUUUAGCAUUUAUUGAAUGUUUGUAUUUUAAGUGUGUAUGUUUCUUCCAUUUAGCACUAUGUGUCUUUUUUUUAAUCUUUUUCCUUUCUUUGUAUAAAAAAGCCUAAUUAGGGACAGGAGUUAGAAACUAGCAAUAGUUAUUAGUUUUUAAAUGCUUGAUACUAUAUGCAAAACAUGAGCUACAUGAACCUGGUGUAAACUGGCAGUAAUGAUAUGUUAUGUCUCUUGGCAUUGUCCCUACUCAAAUAAACAUCAAAUAAAUAAAUACACUACA